AUGGCUAGCGGUAAGCACUCGGUAAGUCAUAAUCUAGAUCCAUUUGAUUUAUCAGUGAACUUCAAUCAAGACGAAAAUUUUGAAGGCUUUACUGCAGUUUGGCUAGAUGAUAAUAUUGUCAAAGAUGCUGAUUAUUACAAUUCAACAAUAAUUAGCUUACGUCGUGUCAUUAGCUACGUAAAAAUAUUCGCAGAUCCAGACAAUUGUAUUGAUUAUAUAUCAUCUAUUGAAAACGAAAAGGUGUUUAUCGUUCUCUCGGGUUCUUUGGGUGAAGUAGUGAUUCCACUUACUUAUGAGUUGCCACAAAUUGAAUUUAUUUAA